AUAGGUAUACAUAUACAAACUUUCAAAUAAACACCUAGAUAAACACGAAGUAUUAUUGUAAAUAGAUAUCUCAUGUUUCUUUGUUUGUGUUACAAAAACUUUAGUUAAUUUGUCACUGAUAAGAUAAAACGUUUCGAUAGUGUCCAAUACGCAUUUUGAUAUUGUGGCAUUGCCAUAAAAGUUAAUUAGUUUAAAUUCUUGGAGGCUGCAGAAAAUGGUUAACUCUUCCAUUGUACAGCCGGUAGAGGUUUCUAUCGCCGAACGCAUCGACUUAGGAACAAUUCCGUUGAACGCCUUGCGACAGCGCACAAUUCAAUUAUUAUCUGCGCUAUUAAACAACAAGAAGAUUUUCAAAUCCGAAGAAGGCUACUGCCGUGAUUGGCGAGGUUUGUUUCAAGUACUAAGUCUACAGAACCACUACGUUACCGAGUUGGAGAAUCAUGUCAAUCCUACAAGACGAGUAAUUGAUCUUUGGCAAGAAGCUGCCAGAGAAGCAAAGAGUUCACCUAAUUUAAAGGAACUUCAAAACAUUCUUGGUUUUAUUGAUCGGUGGGAUGUUCUGGAUAGUAGCAGCAAAUUAUUUUAUGAAGAUGCCGAAGCAUUUUUAACUCAACGACAAAAAAUAAUGAAUCGAGAAGCCGAAUCAGAAAAGCAGAAACAGAAUCUGGACGAAUGUGGCUCGGAUGAAGAUAUUAUUACUAUUGACGACUCUCAUAACCAUAAGCAAUUUUACGAUGCCUUCGUGUUGUUUGCAGAUGCGGAUGUUGAAUUUGCUACAAAAAUUAUUGAACGCUUGGAGGAGAGAAAACUGAAGAUUUGUGUUAAGGAUCGAGAUCUUCUUGCUGGAAUCAGUUUUGAGCACGAGGCAAUAAUACGUCUAAUUUCCGAGCGCUGCCGACGCCUGGUUGUGGUCAUUUCAAAAGAAUUCUUGAGAAGUCCGCUGAACGAAUUUUUUGUUACAUUCGCUCAAGCUUUGCAGAUUGAGCAGAAAAAACGCAAAAUCAUACCAUGCGUCUACGAACGCCUUGAGCUGCCAGCAAAUCUAAAAUUUUAUUUUAUCUUGGACUACAAACGAUCGAACAAACUAUACAAUUUUUGGGACAAAUUAAUGGAUGCUAUUAAAGUGAAAGGAGAAUCGCCAUCAGUUCAAUUCAGGAGUGAAACCAAUCCCGUCGGUUCUGUCAUCGUGCCUGAACAUAAAAACGAUGUAAACACACCAGCACGACUUAUAACUGAACAAUCACUUGUGGCGAAUGAUGAGAAAUUAGAAGUCAAAUUUGCAGUUUCCAGUGAAGUGAAUACUCAACAAUCAGCCAAAAAGUCACAUUCUUCGUGGGAUAUUACCAACACAUUCAAACUGAGAAGCAAACCCAAACCAGCUCAUUCGAGUACAUCGGAACUCGCAUCGAAAUCGGAAGACCGGGAACUUGAACAGAAGAAGCAAAAAUGGUACUCCAAGUUCGGAUUAUCUUCAGAGGACCGUAAAGCGAUAGACGGGUCAGCAGAUAACCCUAAGAAAAAGAAAAAUAAAUGGUAUAAAACAAACAAAAAGAUAGCAACUGCACUGUGAUAUUGACAGUCUGCUCCACGAACUUUGUGUAGUACGUUUUAAAUGUUAUAUUUUAUAGUUUAGUAAUAUACGCAAACUAAGUUAAAUGAACGUUGGUAAUGAUAGUAUUUUUUGAGUUUUAUUUUUAGGUUGGGUUGGGAUUUUCAUUGCAUUUCAAACGCUCCCCAAAGUUGAUGGGAUCGACGGAUUUUCAAAUAUCGUGCAACAAAAUUAGAUCCAGUUUUUUACCGUUUCAAACUUUGGUACUGUUAGGUUACGAUCA